CAACCCGCAACAAAAACCGUCCCUUGACCCUUCCUCGCAGUAGAAAGAGAGGAGGACAAGUCGAGACCGCGAGCUCCAGCGAACGCCGCCGAUGGAUCCGAAGCUGGUGGAGGUGACGCAGAUGUUCGCCCGCUUCAAGGCGGCAUACACCCGGAACGACCUCGACACCUGCGUCACCCUCCUCUCGCAGCUCAAGGUCCUACUCACCAAGUUCCCUUGCCUUCCGCCAUCCUUUCAGCAGACUCCGAACGCUGUAGAGGAGCUCAAACUUGCAAGGGACAUUUACGAGCAUGCUGUUGUUUUGAGUGUCAAACUUGAAGACCAAGAUGCUUUUGAACGUGAUUUCUGCCAGCUCAAGCCUUAUUACAUGGAUACAUGUGGCAUAAUUCCCCCAUCACCGGAGGAGUACCCAAUUUUGGGACUUAAUCUUCUGAGGCUGUUGGUCCAGAAUAGAAUUGCAGAGUUCCACACUGAGCUGGAGCUUCUGCCCGUCAAAGCUCUAGAACAUCCUUGCAUCAAGCAUGCAGUGGAGCUUGAGCAGUCCUUUAUGGAGGGCGCUUACAACCGAGUGUUGAGUGCUCGACAGGCUGUGCCCCACGAGACGUAUGUUUACUUCAUGGACCUUCUAGCCAAAACAGUCAGGGAUGAAAUCGCUGGGUGCAGCGAGAAGGGGUAUGAUUCCCUAUCCACAAGUGAUGCAAAACAAAUGCUGAUGUUCAGUUCUGACCAAGAACUGCACCAGUACAUCACAGAGGAGCAUCCUGAAUGGGAGAUUAAGAACGACGCCGUCUUCUUCCAGAAGGCGAAGGAGUCCCAACCCUGCAGGGAGAUUCCAUCCCUCCAGCUGAUCAACCAGACGCUCAGCUACGCUAGGGAGCUGGAGCGCAUCGUAUGAUUUUGUUGCACAACAAUCUCGAUGGAUCUUUUUUCUGUGGCCAGUUGGGAUGGCAUGUACUAUCAUUACGUUUGAGAUCAGCCCUCAUCACAGCUUUGAACUGCAUGAAACCAUCCUGUGAAGUUCUGUGAAGAGCUGGAUCUGUCCGACAUUGAAUUGUUAACACCAUUUGUAUUUCACAUUGAUCAGUCACAAACUGUUUUCAAAACACUCGGCAUUCAUCGCAGCUGCAAACUUUUGGGCUUGA